CCGUCUGGCCACGGAGGCGCAUGCACAGUAAGCUGCUGGCAGCGGGUGCGACCAUGGCGGGCGGCGGGGGGCUCAGCGCGUUGUGGGUGCUGGCCGGUACGGUGCUGCUGGCGGGGACUGGUGCGCAUGCGCUCUACUUCCACAUCGGGGAGACCGAGAAGCGCUGCUUCAUCGAGGAGAUUCCGGACGAGACCAUGGUGAUCGGGAACUACCGCACACAGCUGUGGGACAAGCAGAGUGAGUCCUUCCUGCCCUCCACGCCGGGGCUGGGCAUGCACGUGGAGGUGAAGGACCCCGAUGGCAAGGUGGUGUUGUCUCGGCAGUACGGCUCCGAGGGUCGCUUUACCUUCACCUCGCACACUCCUGGCGAGCACCAGAUCUGCCUCCACUCCAACUCCACCCGCAUGGCGCUCUUCGCCGGUGGCAAGCUGCGAGUGCACCUGGACAUCCAGGUAGGGGAACACACCAACAACUACCCUGAGAUUGCUGCCAAGGACAAGCUAACAGAAUUGCAGCUUCGCGCUCGCCAGCUCCUUGACCAGGUCGAGCAGAUCCAAAAGGAGCAGAACUACCAGCGGUACCGCGAAGAGAGGUUCCGGAUGACUAGCGAGAGCACCAACCAGCGAGUGCUCUGGUGGUCCAUCGCCCAGACCAUCAUCCUCAUCCUCACUGGUGUCUGGCAGAUGCGGCAUCUGAAGAGCUUCUUUGAGGCCAAGAAGCUGGUUUAAAUGCCCUCCUUGCCCACCCCCCAUUCCCCUUUCUCCUUUCCCCCCACUGUCUUCCUAUCUCCUUUACCCCUGAGUUCAGUCUAGCACUGAUUUGCCAUGAGAAUAGCAGGCUUCUCUGCCUGGCAGGGAGCUGGGGGGCACUGUCAGGAUGCCGGCACUGGAGGGGAGGGGUACUGGGGGCCAAGGGGGGAGGGACUAGGAGCCCUGGGGGUACUGGGAGCCCUGGGGAGCUGUUAUCAAGCAGGAGGCAGGGGCUGCUUUGUGCCCCCACGGUGCCUUUAGCAGUGCCUGGCAGGUGGCCUGCUCUCUUAAGCGAGGCACAGCCAGGGGGUGGGGAGGGUGGGGAUUGGCAUGAGGGCAUCUGCCCAGUGCCAGUGCACAACAGAGGGUAGAAGAGGAAGCCAUCAGACCACUUAACCUAGCUUCCCCUCACCCGCAACGCAUCACGAGUGUCCCAGACUCCCUGCCCUCUUUUCUGUGCCCAGCCGCAGUCGCUGUCAUGGGCUUUGAAAAGAGGCAUUUUUGUUAUGAUUGUUUUAUGGAGCGCAAUAAAACACCCGUUCCAGUA